AAAAAGCAUCAAAUUUCCACUUUUAUUCCACCUUUACCCCUCCGCUCCAUACGCUCCUCUCUGAAAAAAUUAUUGCUUUACAGUUCAAUUUUAUGGAUCUGAACUCAACUGCACUUGACCAACCAUUAGAAUAAGAUUCUUUCACUGUGUAUUUUCAUUUUCUCAUUGGCCACUGUCAACUUAAUAAACAGUGUACAGAAAAAGACUUUCUUCUCCUAAUCAGAGUCUAAAAGAGUGUUCAAUCAUUGCAAACAAACUCUUGGCUUCCUCAGAUUUAUAGGGUUUUUGAAAAAAUUGUGCUCAGCUUUUGACUUCUUUUUGUUUCUUGCUUCUAGUCUUUUGGGUUUCCUUAUUUCUUGGCUCUGCUUUUGAAAAUUAGCUCACAUGAUCUUGGGGUUUUACUGCUUUUCAGGGUCUCUAUAGUCUUUCACCUCAGUUCUGGUAUGAAAGUGCUUUUGGGUGUUUUUCUGCGUAGGUGAUUCAGCUCCAUUGUAUUUCAUCUUGGUUUGUUAGUUAUAUUUGAACCGUUCUUGGUGUUCUGUCAACGUUGCAGCUUCUUGAAAUGGAUUAGUUGUUUUUUCCUUAUUAAGUACUACGCAAGAAAUCUUUCCCAUAUAGUAUAAGUGUUAAAGUUGCAAAAUUUAGCAUGUAUAGCUUCAAUUGUCAACUUUGCUUCUGUUAGGGUACUUUCCAAGCAAAGGGGUGUGCCUGUUGUAUGAAUAUUGCUGCUUUUGUAAAAGUGUCUGCUUUUUCCAGUUUUAUUAGCUGAGAAAUGUUUAUUUCCAAUGAGGAGCUGAUCUCAUUGUCUCUAGACAAUGCAACCGAAUCCUUAAAAUCAUCUCAAAUGGAAUCAAGCCUGGAUUUCCCCGGGGAGAUGCCAUUGGAAUCUGACUUGCUGGAUUUGCCGCCACCUCCCACUAUUUAUACUGAUGUCAAGGUCGUCCCUGAGCACGAAAAGAACAAGUUCGAAAUGUCCAUAUCAAAUCUGGAAGGAGAAAUUGCACAAAUGAGGCAGAAGGAGAAGUCAUUAGACAGAAAGCGUAAAGAAGCCUUAAAUAAGAUAUUAGAUAUUAAAGGCUGUAUUAGAGUAUUUUGCCGAGUUAGACCAUUCCUAGUCACAGAAAAGAGAAGAAUUCACGAACCCCUCUCAAUUAAGUUAGAGAAGGUUACAGUUAGAUCUGUAGGAAGUAGGAAGGAAUUCAGAUUUGAUAAGGUUUUCCAUCAAGCUGCUACUCAAGAGGAUGUUUUUGUUGAGGUUGAACCAAUCCUAAGAUCUGCACUUGAUGGAUACAAUGUAUGUAUAUUGGCUUAUGGUCAAACUGGGACCGGCAAGACAUUUACAAUGGAUGGCACAAAUGACCAACCUGGGAUUAUUCCUCGGGCCCUUGAAGAGCUUUAUUGUCAGGCUUGUUUAGACAACUCAUCUUCUAUAACAUUUUCCAUGAGCAUGUUGGAGGUUUACAUGGGAAACCUUAGAGAUCUACUGGCUCCAAAAGCAGCAUCUAGAACAUAUGAGGCUGUAACAAGAUGCAAUCUCAACAUCCAAACAGAUCCAAAGGGAUUGGUGGAAAUUGAGGGUUUGACAGAGGUCAAGAUUCCAGAUUUAGCUAAAGCAAAAUGGUGGUACACCAAGGGGAGACGGGCUAGAUCUACUUCAUGGACAAAUGUGAACGAGACAUCAAGCAGGUCGCAUUGCUUAACAAGGAUCAACAUUUCUCGACAUGGAGAUAAUUUGAAAGCCAAAGCUGAAGUAAGCAAACUGUGGAUGGUGGAUCUUGGAGGUAGUGAACGACUGUUGAAAACAGGAGCCACAGGACAGACACUUGAUGAGGGACGGGCUAUAAAUCUCUCUCUUUCUGCUUUAGGUGAUGUUAUUGCUGCUCUUAGGAGGAAGAGGGGCCAUGUGCCUUACAGAAAUUGCAAGCUAACUCAAAUCCUUAAAGAUUCUUUAGGUGACAGUUCAAAGGUUUUAAUGCUAGUGCAUGUAAGCCCUUGUGAAGAUGAUGUUGGAGAGACAGUAUGUUCCUUAAGCUUUGCAAAUAGAGCAAGAGCUAUUGAAAUUAAUGGAGAACUGCCAGAGGAAAUGAUCAAACUAAGGCAGAAAAGGAUUCUGGAGCUUGAAGAAGAAAUGAGAGAAGCUGAAGAAGAAUGCCAAAAUGAUAGGAAUCAAAUACAGAAGGCUGAGUUCCUAUUAAGUGAAAACAAAAAACUUUUAUUAACGAAUUACCAACUUCCUGAAGACAAGGAAAAGACACCUGUGAGUGACAAAGAAGAGAGUAUGACUGUAAAUAGAACUCCUUUACUUACUGAAAAUGGAGAUAAGAGUUCUCUCCCUAGAUUCAUGACUUCUACGGUAGCUAGUCGCCAAAGGCAAACUGCUGCUGAGAAGGAGAUUCCCAGAAAAGCGAGAAGUUUGAGACCAGUGGCAAGAAGUUCAGUCCAAUUUUUUGGUUCUCAUUCCCUCAGUUGUUCAGAUCUUCGUCUCAAACCAAUUUUACGGGAUUCAAACAAAAAGUCCCGGUUUGGUGAGACAAAAACCAUCCUCAGAAAGAGUUUCAAAUGCAAUAGCUCAGAUUUGAAGACACCCUUCUUGCCAGGAAGCAAGAUGGUUACUUCAUCUGAUCCAAACUUGAGAACUACACUCAGUCGCCAUAGAAGAAGAAUGUCUGAUCUGAUCUGAGCUGAUAUUAUUAUUAUUAUUAUCAUUGUUUUGGUCUGCAAACGUGUGUAGGUCCGCUUGAGAUUUCAUACUUAAGGAACUUUUGACUUGUGUGUCGUAAUGUGUUGUAAUAGAGUUGAGUUGCUUAAGCUUGUUGGGAUCUGUUAUUAUUAUUUACAAGAUCCCUGUGUCAUUACUUGGUUUGGAUUGUUUAGGUUUGUUGGAAAUUGUUAAUUACUCAUUAACAGAAUGGUUGUAGCUCUGAUUUAGUUCAUAUUUUAUUUAGAAUCCAUUUAAUCA